GCAGGCGCAGGGAAGGAUCCGUUUUGGCGGGCGGUUGGCGUUGCGCAGAAGGCGGCGGCGGCGGUGUCUUGUGGUCCUGCUUCACCACAGAGGAACAGGGAAGACGUUUGCGUGAGUGAUCGGUCUCGAUUCCGGGAACCCGGUGGCCUUAGUCCUUCAGGUGGAACAGCUUGCGACAUGGGAAAGAAAACCAAGCGGACAGCUGACAGUUCUUCUUCAGAGGAUGAGGAGGAGUAUGUCGUGGAGAAGGUGCUAGACAGACGUGUAGUUAAGGGGCAAGUGGAAUAUCUACUGAAGUGGAAAGGCUUUUCUGAGGAGCACAAUACUUGGGAACCAGAGAAAAAUUUGGAUUGCCCUGAGUUAAUUUCUGAGUUUAUGAAAAAGUAUAAGAAGAUGAAGGAGGGUGAAAAUAACAAACCCCGGGAGAAGUCAGAAAGUAACAAGAGGAAAUCCAAUUUCUCGAGCAAUGCUGAUGACAUCAAAUCCAAAAAAAAGAGAGAGCAGAGCAAUGAUAUCGCUCGGGGGUUUGAGAGAGGACUGGAACCAGAAAAGAUCAUUGGGGCGACAGAUUCCUGUGGCGAUUUAAUGUUCCUAAUGAAAUGGAAAGACACAGAUGAAGCAGACCUGGUUCUUGCAAAAGAAGCUAAUGUAAAAUGUCCACAGAUUGUGAUAGCAUUUUAUGAAGAGAGACUGACGUGGCAUGCCUAUCCUGAGGAUGCGGAAAACAAAGAGAAGGAAACAGCAAAGAGCUAAAGGAGGGGGUGGUGUCUGUCAUUUCUCUUUGUAUAUAAUACAUUCACCUCCCUGCCUCCUUUCCCUUCUGCCCACCCUGUUCUAUCCUAAACACAUCCAUAAAAAAUGUGCUUAUCACUGUGCUCCACAGGAGAAAUGUUGGUAUCGGUUCUCUUGUAACAUAACUGAUGGUCUGAUUCAUGAUAAGUGUCUCUCUGUGAAGACCAGGCAUUUACAUACUGUGUGUAAUUCCCACAAUUUUUUCCUUUGCCCUGAUCUCUUCCUUCUGCUCCCCUGUGACCUCAAGAUGAGUUUUAACUUUUUAAUCAUCUUAGAGCCUUGAUCUUUUCAGGGUUGGUUGCUUUUUAGAUUGGGGGAUUUUGUUAUAAUGAUGAUGAAUUUUCGUUUCUUAUAUUGGUUCUUAGAACAUGUUGAUAACCAGCUAGUUUUUGUUUUGAGAUGUUGGGAUGGAAAAGAUGUUCCCAUCUUUUUAAAAAAGCCAAUAGCAACUGCCUACCUGUUGGGGCUUUCCCAACCUCAUUCAGCUCUACCCAGUAGAUUACAGGGUUCCUAGUGUGGCCUUCUGGGCCACCCUCUGUUGUUCAUCCCCACUCAUCCUCCCAGAAUAGCUCCAGCCUUUGGAGGACUUGAAAUUUUACAGUCAAAUUUGCCAAGGCACUCUUAGCUCCAGGAUUUUGGGCCUUGUUUCUUAGCAAUCCUUGAUUCUGCUUCUGUAAGUUGGUGUAGUCUGUCAUAAAAUGACAAGAUUAUUAACUGUGGAGAGUUUUAACUAUUAGUACAUGAGGAUGAUGGGGUAGGAUACAGUUGUCUUUAUUAUCACAUAUGGUAUAUAUGUAUUAUUUCCUUCCAUGCCUCACAUUUGGACUAUAUAUUUAUGUAGGUGUGAGUGACUGCCUGGUGCUUGCUUGUGCCAAGGUGCUAGGCACCCUCCAGCCCUGCCAACUUUUGUGGCCUCCCAAAGCAUUCCUGUUACCAAAGAGGCUUCAGACCUGACCCUCACUUAUCUGUGGACCCAAGUUUUCCCUCCGUGCCAUUAUUUUCAGUGGGGAAUUCUUGGAGGGGAGCCAUUGGCCACAACAUCAAAUUUUAAAUAUUCAUAGUGUUUAUAGUCCUAAAUUUCCUGCUUUGUUGACUCCUGGAUUUGCCACCAAGAGUCCCCAGAGUAUUACAGUACUCUUCCCUUUUUCCACCCUCAAACUCUUUGUUGUAUCUUAUUUUUAAAAAUGCAUUUCUGUUGAAGACUAUCACCUCAGAGUGACCGGCCCUGGCAUUAGUAUGCUGACACAACCUUCUGUCCCUACUCAGCUAAAUAUUUCCCUUUCGGCUUGCUCCUGCUUUGCCAUUAUAUUAUUACCAUAUCCUUCUGCCUUUGUGCCCCCAAGAAAUGCCCUAACUUCUCUUUAACCAUUUUCAUUCAGUUGAGGGAGGGAGCGCUAGAGAAUCAAGACUAAAAGUAAGGAAAUAGCAGGGUUAUGAGCAUCUGUUUCCCAGUCCAAAGCUGAGGAAUUAAGAAUAAAUGUUUGAAAUAGCCUUAACUCUAGAGUUCACCAGCCAUUGAGGUUGUUUUUAUUGUUGCUUUUGAUUUUUAAAACACAUAGCUGUCUGGCCAGGAGCAUUCAGCCAUUUCUAGAUUAUUCAGAGUAAUCGGGGGAAUGGAUAGAUUGCUCCAGUCCACAGAUGAGCUGAAUAAUAUGCAAAUCAUAUACCCAUUCAUAGCAUUUGUUAUCGUUGCUUUCCUGCUCAGCUGCUGAUUGAAUUCUGUGUGCUUGUAUAAAUUAUGUCAAAAAUUAUACUGCACAGUUGAGAAGACAGCUGUUGCUGCAGUGACAUGACAGACUGGAACAAUGAAGCUUUUGGUUUAAGUCAUCCAGGAAAAUCCUUCUGAAUGGUAAUGUGAUUGGGUGAGAAUUUUUAACCCAUAGCUCAAAUGGGUAGGAGUUUUUAGUUCCAUCUUUCUUUACUCUGAAAGAAUUCAAAGUCUAGAUCAAGUGCUAGAUAAUUGGUUAGUGCUGAAUCUGAUUGACAUCUAAAAGAAAGAAAGGAUGGUCAGGAAACAGAUUUGUCCAAGUAGCCAAGGAUAUCAAUUAGAGUAGACACGAAUAAGACAGAAGUAGGCCAGAGCCCCUCAGGAGGUGAUCUGGGUCUGUUGAUUUGCACGGUGGAGAAAAUGACAGCUUAUCCAUGUAGCCAGUGUGUGUCUCCCAGGAGCAGUGGGCCUGUGAAUUACAGUGACUGUGUUUUUAAGACCAAGAUCUAGCAUGUGGACAAAACACCAUGGAAUUAUUUUGUGCAGAGAUUGGCCCUGAGACCUGGAGCAUGUGGUUGCCGUGGUUAUAGGUAAUAUGUAAGACAUUCAUCAAAAUCUGAUUUUCUUUUAACAAAGGAAGUAUCAUCUACAACUCAUCAGCCCUUUAAAACCUUACUCUUCACUCCAUCUUUUCUGUUCACUGUUUAUUGAAUCAUGGUCUUGUACUGAGUGCUGCCAGAAUGAUUUUUGUUUUUUCCCUUGUCUACCCACAGCUGCUUCUAGAGGAAUGUAGGGAGCCAGGGGCCCAGUACUGAUUUCAGCCCUCAGCAGAAAGGAACCCAGAUGCCUGCCUGUGCCCCCCGGCAUUUGUUUGUGUUGAGUAGCUGUGCUGGCCCUUGCAGAAUUGCAGCCUCAAAGGGAAACCUGUUUUCGUGGGGCUUUCUCCUCAGAAGAGUUAGGAGCCAUGGGCUAAGCACUUCUAAACAUCUAGGUCUCAGGUACUCGAAGUAUAUUUUUCUGGUGUUUAGUCUUUUUUUCCAAGACAUCUUUCUAAUGCUGUAUUUCUUCUAGUAAUCCACAUUAAAGGACCUCCCUUUCCCCAGAACAGAGUCUUGCCUACCCAGCAGAGUUGGCCAACCAAGGUCAGGGUAGCUGCUUUUCUGAGCCCUGCUCUGGGCCAAUGCCCUCAUGUCAGGAUUAGCUGUUAGGAACAUGGCCCUGAUGGAAGCACCCAUUUUUAACCUGGAGAGAGCCAUAUCGUUUUUCCUCUGCAGUUUUCAUCUGCUCAAGGGAGCCUUUGAGCCUGUGGUGUACCUUAAUGCUCACAAGUCUAGGUGGUCCUUGGCUGUCCCACAGCUGUAUGUGUGAACUGCUUUUUUUUGGUGAUGAAAGAUUAGUCCUGUUUCCAUAGCUUGGGCAGUUAGGUUCUUCUUAACUCUUUUCAUUCCCGUUCUGUAGCUUGCCUCCUGCAGUCCAUUUUCCGUCUGUUCAGGUCAGAUCCUAGGGUUUGGGGGAAGGUGCUUGGGAUUUUCAUCUUGUUGAUUCUGGUAGAUCAGCAUUUAGUCCAGCUCACCUAAAGUACAGUCAGGGGUCAGAGGGAUCUAUCUUGUGUUUGGGCUGAGGAGCAAUUGUUUUUGCCCUUAGGGUUUGACUUCGAGGGCCUAAAAUACUGCUUUGCAGUGACAGGAGAACUCCAGGAAGGGUUAGGUUUGAAAUGUGGAAGUUGUUUCUCACAAAUGAGGUCAAAGGAAAAGCUCAUUUUGCACCAUCCUUUUAGAGUUUUAGAGUAAAAAUGACACUGUUGUGAUCCAUACCUUUGCAGUCGAACCGCCAGCUAAGCGUUCCUGUGGCAAGGUGGAGAGAGGGAGGGCCUGGAUCCAGUGUAUAUUAGUUUCAUGCUGGCUUUAUCACUGAUCAUAAAAGUUAGAUUUCCAAAGCCAGAGAUAUUACCAGCCUUGCAUCCAAGAGUGUAUGCUCAGAAAUCAGUGUCCCCACCCAAUUAAUAGUGGAUUUGUUCUGAACUGUCCGUAUUCCAGCCACUGUAGUGUACAUCAACAUCCUUUUUAUUCAGCAAGCAUAUUUUUGGCCUUGAGGGUACAAAGUUCAAGAAGAUGUGGUCUCUGGCCUUAAAGAACCUUGAUGCUGAUGUGGGAUGAAUUGACUUGAAUAGUUCAGUGUAAUAAAUACGGGGACACAUUUCUGAUUUGGAGGCAGUAGGAGGGUGACAGUUGAUUCAUACGUGGAAAAGACCUGUGACCUUUGAUGAUCUGAGCUAACUGGCCGUAGACGGACUACAACAAGGACUUGUUUUAUUCCAGAAAAUAAGGAUAACUGAAAGUUGGUUAGAAAUGCUGUUGCUGAGAGAGAAAACAGGUGAAUGGGGAUUGAGAGCCCCUCAUUUUGAUCCCUGUUUUAGGCUCUUUGCCAAAGUAUUUAAUGGUCUAGUGAACCCUAGUUUGUGGAAAGUGAAUUAUCUAUGUUGCAGAUCCAUUUCGGUGUUGGUGACAUCGUUGUGGGUUCUAGAACAUUUAUUCCCAUCAGAGUUGCUCACACCUUUUUCAUUUUCUCCUCCCUUUUUCAAAAAAUGAAUGUGAGAUUGGCUUUAACCCCAAAACAAGGACAUACUUUUCAGUGACCAGAGAUUUGCCACAGAGAAGGCUUGGGGCACAUCUUUAACAUGUGAGCAUCUAUUCUGUGCAGUGUAGUUUUAUUGAACACUGCGAGGUCAUGGUUUCUAAGCAGACUUGGGUCCAUUAUGUGGACACCUGUCCUGGAAAUACACAUACCCUGAAGUUUCAGAUACACUUAGUCUGGGGAAGUCAAGGGUGAGGCCUAGCCCUGUUAACCAGUUUGACCAUAAGAAAGUUCUCAGAAAAAGAGACUUUGCUGCCUGGAUAUCUGAGAGUUGACUAACUUUGGUAUCAGAAUUCCCAGGAAUGAAGAAGAACUGUUCUAGAAAAUUACAAUGUGAAGGUUCUUUGGAUAGCUUCAUAAAGACAAUUCUAAUUUCUUCGUGCUUGUGCUGGAUUUCUUGAAUUUUAAACUACCUCAUCUUGUCUUUUUAGAGUGACUUCAACUUGCCAUCGCCACUCUAACAUCAUGCUUGACUUUGGUGGUUUUCUAACAUGGUGUUUUUUCUAUGCCUUGAUUGCGUGUUCUCUUGCCUUUUCAUCCUGAUCCUCAUUUCGUCAUCUCAUAUCAUUCUGUCAGAGAAAUGUUUUAAAAUGGUUUAAAGUCUUGGUUUAUGGGACGUGAUCCUCCACUGCUGUUUGUCUCUGGGAUCAGUAAGAAAGUAAAGCACGGUGGUGGGGGGAGGGGAUGGAACCUGCACUGGCGGCAGCUGAGGAGGGAAGAGCCAUUAAUUAAGACAAUUUCAAAGUCAACUGAUUGUGAUCAUUAAUGUCACAAUAGAUCAAAACCUAAUUAUCACAGCCUAGGUAAGAGCCAUCAGUAUUAAUCGGAAAAUCUAAUAGGAAACUAUUAUCAAGAAAUUAGGCUAAAUUGAAUGCAAUGAACUUUUUAUCUUGCCAGUCUGUGUGUGCGCGCGCACGUGUGUGUAAGAGAACGAGCUAUCUGUCCCCUGGCCUUGACAAGUGUGACCUCACAGUUGAUACAGGUGCCGGUUCAUCACACAUUUUGAGGGUUCCCUACAGACUGAACCUGAACUGUCAUUGUCAUUUUUAAUCAGUCUCAAAUAUUACCAUCACCUCGGCUUGUCCAGUGUUGAUCAUUAAUCCAUGAAAAAGGAUGUAUAUUUAGAUCUUGGAAUGGUCGGUCCUUCCUGGCUCUAGAGUAACCCUGGUGGACAUUAUACUGUGUGUGUUGGCAAAGCAUUCUUUGAGCUUCUGAUGUAUGUUAGAGUCCAGCUGCUCUGGCUGUUGUGAGGAAAAGAGGGACUUCCUGCCUGGAGAUUCUUCAAGGAGACCUGAGAAGAUAGAAUUUAAUCGUGUCAUAGCACUUUUAAGGCUCAAGUCAGUGUUUUGCAGUUUCCAGUAGCUUUAGGAUUUGAGUCUAAGCUAGGGCUGACUGUGGAUUUAGUUUUUCUCCCCUAGUUGUAGGACAGAGUCCAGUCAUAAGUCCAAAGGGAGAGAGGGGGAGUGUUUUUCCUUUUACCUUUCUCUUGUCAAAAAGUUACUUCAAGAAUAUUACAAGAGUCUUAUCAGUAGUUCUAGAGAACACUUCAUCCCCCUCCUUGAAUGGAAAACUAGGGAGUCGCCAUUCAUAUCCUUAAUUUCGAGAGACAUUCAUGAAGAUACUGUAACUCCUGAAGUUGGGCAGGGACAGAAAGUUGGAAAGAUGCGGCCUUGUGGGCAUUGAGGGGGAAGGACAAGUGGCCGCGGAAGGAUCGCCGCCCCCUGGCUCCGCCUGUAGGGACUGCUGUUGCUGCGGGCACUGCUGUUGCUAGUUUGGUGCCCCCCGCCCCCGCACCCAACCUCGCAACUCCAGGCAUGACCAAGAUCACCACUGGGGACAAGGUUCUUGCUUAAAUGAAGUUCUGUUCUUGAAUUUCAGGAUUUAGGAGUAGGGUUCUCACACAGCUCUGGGAAAUCAGCGUGACUUAGUCCUUCACCUCUUAUGAUAAAGUGAAUAUUUCUUUACAAAAGAAUUCAUGCCCUUAAUGCUUGAAAUGUAAUUUUAUUUGCAAACUACCCAUUAACACAUGACUUUUAGAAGCAGAUGGUGUCUCCAAGCUUCCUUGCAUUAUGCCAGAUAAAUAAUAGGCCCUCUGCUAAUACUUGCGGGUUGAUGGAGAUCAUCUAGUUUGUGGUGUAAGGUGUACCUGCUGACUUCUUUUGCUCACAAGUGUGCCCUAAGAUGUAAAAUGCCCUGGAGAGUGGAACAAGAACUGAGUGGAUGCUGACUAUGUGUGCCAACCUCCUCAACUGAUUCAUAAUGGCUGACCUUGGGCAAGUCACUCCUUUCAAUGCCUCAGUUCCCCAUCUGUCAAAUGGGGUUAAUGAUACUGACCUACCUCACAGGGGUGUUGUGAGGCAUUGUAAAUCAAAGUUGGUAGAGUACCUUAGGGUCCUCGAUGGAGGAUGCCUUGAGCCGAAGUCUGAAGUCUAGGCCUGACACAGGCUCUAGUCCUCACUGAGCUGUCCCAAGGUUGGAACUACUAAUGACCUCGGCAAGUUCUCUGCCCCCCCACCCCUCAUCAAAGCUGCUAGUUCAGAUGUUGACAGUGUUUUUGUGAAUGUUGGAGUCUUAAUAGUCCAGACUUAGGAUGUUAUGGGGGAAGGCACUUAGUAUUUUCUAUGUCUUGCAUCCACAAAGAGGCUGUUUCAGACCCAAGAGCAUUGGAUUAGGGAAGCAUGAGGCAGGGACACUAUUGCUUGUUUCUCUCUGCAGGUUGGGUAUUAAGGUCUUGCUCCCCAUGGGAUUGGAGCAGACUCCAGCUGUCUCAGGAGCAAAGGGAACAGAGUGGGCUGAAUUCAUAGUGUUUUUAUCGCCCCCUGAAUUGAAUCACUGCACCCCUUGCCUCCCCAUAGGAACCAGCUGGUUCAAAAAACACAACCACUUUCUCCAUCCCCUACCGAAAAAGAGCCACUUUGGGAAAUUUUUUUCUAGAGAUAACAUUUAACACUCAGAAUUAGGCAGUGACACUCCGUAAAGCUUCAUCCAACUUAACUCUUUUUGUCAUCUUUUUCUCAGUGUCCACAGCCUGAAUCUGACCUUGACCUUUUUUUCCUCCGGUUUGGGAAAACUUUGGACACUAUUUCUAUUUGCCCAGAUGUGGGCUCAGCCAGCUCCUAUUCCCAACAGGGCUCUUUUUCCUUUCCCUCUCCUUGGCCCUAGACGUGUAACCCAUGGAAAAGCACAAGGUCCUGGCCCCUUGCUGCAGUCACAUUCCGGUUCUCCACUCUCUGUGGACUCUGUUCACCGAGCGCUGGCGGCACCAGGUGGUUCUGUGGAGUUCUGGAGGACGGAGAGUGCAGACUGGCCUCCUGCAAGUCGUCAGGAGCUGACUCACCCGUGGCCCAGCAGCCCCUGCCCUUUCCCACAGGAUGGGAUCUGAGAGACUCGAGGCUGGGCUUCUGUCCACACUCUGUCCCAUCCUGAGUAGCAAAACACAUCACACUUGGUAGUGGAUUUCUAAACAGAAAAAUGGGAAAUUGAAUUCUCUAUGGAUCUUUUUGGUUUGUGGGGGAGUUUUGGUUGUGUUUCUUGGUUUUAGUUCAGCCAAACAUGUCUGCUUUUCAUUUUUUUUAUUUUUUUAGGAUAAGUGGUAUAUAUAUAUGUUCGCCUUUUAAAUGUAAAUGUUUAAAAGUAGGCAAUUUAUGUGUUUCCACAACUGACAUUGAUGCAGACCUCAUUCUCUCCCCCUCUUCCACCCUCUUUUCCCCUUUUCAUACUCUUGUAUUGGUUCUAAUAAAUGGUUGCUUUUCAAAUAUG